GGGUGAGGUGGGUUGGGGUUAAUUAGAAAAGCAAAAAAAGAAUUGACCCGGCCCGAGACUGGCCUGGAUCGGCCCGGACCCGGUAGACUCCCGGGCCGGUUUUGAGCCUUAACCCACAAGAGAAAGCCCGGUUUGGACCGGUCCGGAGCCUGGUACCGAUCCAUGCCUACCUUUAGGUGCACAUUGGGCAUAAAGAACAUGUUUCUAAACUCAUCUUGCGGAUCCAUUUUUAAUGGGCUCUAAAAACUGAAUUAACUAUAUUAAUUAGAAAUAAUUUCUAAUAUAUGAUUAAAAUAGGCAUAGUGGACAAAAGUAGAGUAGUAUUUUCAGUGAUUUUGAUGAUGUACAAUUUGAAUGUUGUAUUGACCAUAAAAUUAUAUUUAUACUAACUUUAGUCAUAUUUUUGUCUACAAGAUAAAGUACAUGUCCUUAUGAACUCAACCAUAUUACUCCAACUUAUGUACUAAAUACAUAUAUGGCACAGGAAAAUUUGGUGAACAUGGUUUGGGUGUACAUGAAUUGGAGUAAUAUGAUUGAUUUCUUAUUUCUUUUGGAAGGAACUAAAUUAUAUCAUAUGAGUGAUUAUUGGUAUCUCAUUAUAAUUAUUUUAGGUGGAAUUACCAUAUAUAAUAUUAUUGAUCAUUAAUGUAUUUUUUAUCUGUCAUAGAUUGCAAUUGCAUAACUAUGCGGGAUUAUACUGGAAUAUCAAAGUUACAAACCUUGUUAUCUUAUGUUAUUUUUUGUAAUAGAUGAAAUCGUGGAUCAUUAAUAUAUCAUUAAUCUGGCUUAGAUUGCAUUUAUUAUGUGGGAUUAUGCGGAGAUAUCAAGCUUAGAUUGCAUUUAUUGGGAUCCUUGAUGGUUCCAUUGUUGCCCCUGUAUCCUCCAGUCUUGAUUAUAGUUCAUGGCUAAAAAUUGAUCAGACAGUUCGAUCAUGGUUGUUUGCAACCCUCUCCCGUAAUAUUUUAAUUGAAAGUUCACACUGUCCGUUUUUCUGCCUUAAUAUGGGAACGGUUGGAAACACGCUUUAUGGCCGCAUGUGUAGCUAGAAGCAUAGAGCUUAGGAGGCUUUUAUCUGCUCUUAAGAAGAAAGAUGAUCAGUCCAUGGAUGAUUACUUACGUGAAGUAAUAGUUCUAAUCGAUUCACUUAAUACUAUUAACUCACCUGUAAGUAAUCGGGAGCUCAUUCAGUCCAUGAUUCAAGGCCUUGGCCCUGAGUAUGAAUCCGUCAUUACCUCCGUUACUCUUUUCCCGGAUAGCUUCACCUUUGAUUCUCUUCGUCCGCAACUGAUGGCGCUAGAACAACGCGCAUUAUAUCUCUGUUCUCAGGAUGCUGCUCCGGGACAUCAGGCUUUCGCAGCCUAUGAUCAGGCUGCCGUUCGACCCCAGGGCCGAGGGGGUGGUCAAGCACGCGGCAAUGGAGGUCGGGGCUAUCGGGGUGGUGGCCGAGGACGUGGACACCGGGGACGUGGCCGCGGAUACGGUGGUCAGCAGCAGGGAGGUGCUCCAGUUUAUGCUCCGCCGGCUGGACAGUUUUUGCAGGGCAGCAAGGUGGACCAGUGACUGCUCCCUACCAGGUUCGUGGGCAUGUUCCGGCUGGAUUCCCAGGAUUUCCAUCUAAUGAGAACCAUUAUCAGUCUCCUCCUCCACCAGUUGUAUGUCAGAUUUGCUUUUCCCCAGGUCACUCUGCUCUUGCUUGUUCUUGGAUUGCUCAUAUGACCUCGAAUGAAGGACCAUCGAACGGGAGCCACACUCCUCCAAGCUUCCAAUAAAGAAUCUGUCUAUCCCUUUAGAGCAGCUUAUGAAACUACCCCAUCUCUCGCUUUAAAAGCUGCACUUGUUCCUGGCCCGGUCUAAAGGGAUAGAAGAGUAAAUUCAAAUGCAAUCCAGAAGAUUAGGCCCCGAAGGCCAAUGACUGUACUCUUUUCCUUUACUAAGUUUUUCCGGCAUGGUUUUGUUAGUUAAAGGUUUUUAACGAGGCAGUCAAUACAACACAUCAUUUUACAUAUAUUAUGUACUCUUUUCCUUGAUUGGUUUUUUCCCAAAGGGUUUUUCCAACAAGGUUUUUAACGAGGCAUACACAUAGUCGAUAAUUCAUUCGAGAAAUUAGCAACAGGAUUGGAUUGAAUUGGAUUCAACAAGAAGACCUGAAGUGGUGCAGUCAACAGGGGGAGUAUACACGUUGCACUCUUUUCCCUUGACCAAGGUUUUUCCCACUGGGUUUUCCUCGGCAAGGUUUUUAACGAGGCAACAUCAUCAAUGCGUGUAAAGAGAAUAAUGUAUAUUUUUCUUGUAAUGUUUUUAUUUAGCAAUGUACAUCCAAGGGGAAGUGUUAUGUAAUUAUGGAUGUCCAUUAGUUCCUAGCAUAGGCCCAUAUGUCUUGGCCCAUAUCAUGUUGUACCCUAGCUCCCCUCCCCUUAUAUAUACACAUAAUGUGAAUGAAUAAAGUACUUCCAUUUGGAC